CAAAAUGGCGCCCGUCACAUUGAAUACAGUAGACACCGAGCUCAAAGACAUCAUCCAACACCUCUUCGAGAUCCAAUCCGCCGUCCACGGCUACCUAGGCCCAGAAACCCAACAAGAACUCGUCCGGAAAAUCAAAAACCUCACCGUCGCCCUCUCCACCCUCUCCAACGACACGCGCGAGAACAACCAGCAGCAUACAGAUCAAGAAGCAUCCUCAACAGACCCCCCCGUCAGCACGAUCCAAUUACCGCCAGAGAUCAUCGACUACGUGGACGCAGCACGCAACCCAGACAUCUACACGCGCGAGUUCGUCGAGCUCGUCCAGCGCGGCAAUCAGGACCUGAAGGGGAAGCAGGAGGCGUUCCGGGGAUUUCGAGAUGUGCUGGCGCGGGAGAUGCGCAGUGCGAUGCCGGAGUGUCGUGGGGAGGUUGACCGGGUGAUUACGGCGACGGGAGGGGAGACCCAGUAAUUCACCCACUGGACGGUCUGCAACUUUUGAUUUUGUCUGGUCUACUGGAGGUACGGUGUAGAUUUUUUGAUUCUUUUUGUUUCCUUUCGAUUCGUUUCCGUUUUUUUUUCUUUUUUUCAACCCCUCUUAAUGAGAGGAUAUCAUUGGGGGCCAGGAGUUUACGAGGGACGACUACUAUGUGCUAUGUGGGUAUUGGUGAUAUAUAUUUUGGCGUGGGAUAAGCAAAUGACAGGGUUUUGGUGGGGGGCCCUGAGGAGACAUUGGAUGGCAUUAGCAUUGACAUGGGCGUCUGGG